AGAAAAGUAGGGGUGUACAGGGAAGAGAGGCAAGAACUCUGAAAUAUCUAGGGUGACACCCUUACCUGAGCGACCUGCGAUUCCCCACCGCCGCCGCGACGAAUCGGCCUCUGGGCGGGGGCUUUCAGCCAAAAAGAAAAUGGCUCAGCCUGGAAGGGGUGCCCAGGCCAUGGAGAAGCCGGUUCAAACUUUAUGUGUUCACGCCGGUGGAGGUGAGGUCGGGGAGAAUCCCAGAAACAGCGCCUGAUCCCUCCGAACUCAGCCUGCCCCAGGCUGCAGCAGCCUGAGCGGCCGACUCUCCGUGUUUUGACGUUUCCUAUUGUUGCCGGAAGUGACGUCCGUAUUCGCGGGCGCUUCAAGAAGAAGUAUUUUUAUCACCUUCAUCUACGAUUCGCCACAGAGUCCCGGUCUCUUACUUCGCAGUCCGAGCCCCUCUGAGCCUCAGAAACGGGCAGACUUCAAAUCUGCACCUUGGGAUCGGACUGGACGUAGAAAAGACUCUCGGCAGGGUCAGUCUUCCUAGGGCUCUGUACGAACGUGCUGUGGAAUCUGCAGCGGGGAUCCAGGAGCGCAGAGGAGCCGGCAGCUUGGAAGGUCCUGCCGCGGUGUGUGGCGGGCUUCCACCCGCUGCUCAGAAUACAAACGGUCGGCGGGAGAAGCGCGCCCCGGCUUCGGCGUCGGGCCGCAGGAAGUCGUUGCUGGAGGCUGGGCUCCCGGAGCUCUGGGAUUGCACAUGCCCGUUGUGCGGGGCCGGAGGCCUUUGGAGCCCGUUCUUUGCUCGGCCGCUGCUGGGUGAAAAAUUAGAUAACUUCCAAAGCUGGAGCUGAAUCGAAUGUUAAAUAAUGGCAACAGGUGACUUAAAAAGAAGCUUACGGAACCUAGAACAAGUGCUUCGCUCGCUAAAUUAUCCUAGAGAGGUGGAUUGUGUAGGUUUGGUAAAGGGAGACACAGCAGCCUCUCUGCCCAUCAUCAGCUAUUCCCUUACCUCAUAUUCACCUUAUGUAGCAGAACUUCUGGUGGACUCCAAUGUAGAACUCAUAGCAAAGAAUGACUUACGCUUCAUAGAUGCUGUCUACAAGCUUCUUCGUGAUCAAUUUAAUUAUAAACCAAUCUUGACGAAAAAGCAGUUUCUCCAAUGUGGAUUUGCAGAAUGGAAAAUCCAAAUUAUAUGUGAUAUUUUAAAUUGUGUGAUGAAAAAGCACAAGGAGUUGAGUGGUCUUGAGAAGACUCCAUCACAACAAAGAAAAAAAAUCAGUUCUGCUAAGUCAGAACCUUGUUCAAGCGCUGAGAAGACAUCAACUGAACCUGUGGGCAUUGACGUCACUGGCAGGUUUAUGACUUCAGGAAAGAAGAAAGCUGUGGUGAUCCGGCACCUGUACAAUGAAGAUGGUGCUAACAUUCCUGAAGAUACAGUAACAGAUGUUAGUGAAGCAUUUGAUAUUUGUGACUUAAAGGCUGCUGAAAUAAAGAUUCCUGAAUUACAGGUUCCUGAAAUUAAGUGUGAGCAGCAAGAUACAGAAGUCAAUCCUGAGGUUAUUGCACUACAGACUAUGCUUGCUGAAUGCCAAGAAAAGCUGAAGAAACUGACUUGCAUAGAAAGUAGAUUAGAAUCUUUGGAAGAAAAAAUGAAAGGGAAAGUGAUGGUGAAUGAAAAAACCUGGGUUGAUCUUCUAAGUCGUGUCACUCUUCUUGAAACAGAAAUACUUUUAUCUAAAAAGAAUGAUGAAUAUAUAGAGUUUAAUGAGAUGAGUGAAGACUGUGCUUCUAGUAGCGACAUGGAUAGUCUCAAUCCGGAUAGAAAAAGCAAAGAGGAAAGGCAAGCAGAUAUUCCUUUGUCCUCUGGUUAUAGUAUGGUAUCAUCCGAUUCAGCUCCCAGAACCUCAACUGUUAAUUACUGUGGUUUGAAAGAGAUUUCUGAGGAAACAACAAUCCAGAAAAUGGAAAGGAUGAAAAAAAUGUUUGAAGAAACUGCAGAGUUACUGAAAUGUCCAAAUCACUAAUUACAGAAUUUUCUGCAUGAACUUCUCUAGAACUUUGGCUCCUGUACAUGUUAUAUAUUUUAAAGAGUUCUCUAUGCAAUUUUAAUAUACUGUAAUAUUUUUAUUAGAAUUGGAAUUCCAUUUGGUAUAUUAGCUUUUUCAUUCAAUGUUGAAUAAAUACUUAAAUAUUUUUGUGCUGUGAUUAUACCGCUUUACUGUUUUACUAUUCUUAGGGAAACUUAGGUGCCAGUACAUUUCUUUUACAGCGUGAAGUCAUUCCAGCACUGUAUUUUUGUGUUGACAUUUGUUGGCAACGUGCUAAAUAGUUUUUUAAAGUACAGGCUUGAGGACCAUGGUUUACAUCCUGUUGGAAACACUCCACCUGGGACUUGCAUAUUGUCCCCAGGAGGCUCUCAUACAUACCAUCUUGCCAUCUGUACUGAUGAGUAUCUUGCAAUGAAAAGUUAAAUAUGCUCAUUGAGAUUGAAAUACAACAAAAAUACAGCUAUUUCAUGCUCAGUCAAAAGGCAGCAACACGUUUUCAGUUAACGCUGAGGAAGUUAGGGCAUGGUUCUCCCUUUGUGUUUGAAAGCAGGUUGGACAAUGGUGAAAAUGUGCCGAGUAUUUUAGUGCUCUAUUCUGUAACACGUGUUAAGAGCAACAGCUCAGACCCAGAUGGUGGCCAUUCCUGUAUUACAAGAUACACAGUGAGGGUUGUUUUGUUUCUUGUUUUUUUAAAUGAUGGGAAGUUAUAUAUCUUUCUAGAGAGAGAAAAAGUCUUAG